CGAAUCGUAUUAUAAGCCCGUCUUCUUCGAUAAAAUAAACCGGACACCCAACGGCUAUAAGUCUGCAACGGUCGAAAUUUUCAAAUUUUCGCCCACCCUAUACCUCCCUAAAUUCCAUCCUUCUCUUCAGUGCCUCUCUGUCUCUGUCUCUUCUCUCUCUCUCCCUCUCUCUGAUCUCUGCACCUCUCUUCUUUGGCCUUCAGAGUUUCACAGAGAGGCACUAUUAUCUUUAUUCAUUCAUAUCUUCCCUCUCUUAGAGUUCCUAAUAGAAAACCCAAAAGAUUCAAAGAUGUUGCAGAAGGAUAUGUGGAAUGCUCCACCAGGUUUCAGACCCACAAAGUCUGCUCCUUCUUCACCAGCGAAGCCUCUCGGGGUGUCGCGAACUCGCUCCGAGUCCUUCCAUAUCACGCACAAAGUCCCAGUUGGGGAUACACCAUAUGUUAGAGCCAAGAAUGUUCAGUUAGUGGAUAAGGAUCCAGAGAAGGCGAUACCGCUGUUCUGGGCAGCAAUUAAUGCUGGAGAUAGAGUGGAUAGUGCUCUCAAGGAUAUGGCCAUUGUAAUGAAGCAACAGAAUAGGGCUGAAGAAGCCAUCGAGGCGAUUAAAUCUCUGAGAAGUCGGUGUUCGGAUCAAGCCCAGGAAUCUCUUGAUAACAUCCUUCUGGACCUGUACAAGAAAUGUGGGAGAUUGGAUGACCAAAUUGCUCUGUUGAGACGCAAGUUGUACUUGAUUCACCAAGGGAUGGCUUUCAACGGGAAACGCACGAAAACAGCCCGGUCCCAGGGGAAGAAAUUUCAGGUCUCUGUGGAGCAAGAAGCCACUAGAUUACUGGGGAACUUGGGAUGGGCAUUGAUGCAGCAGAGCAACUACAUCGAGGCCGAGGAUGCUUACCGGAGGGCUCUGGUUAUUGCACCAGACAACAACAAGAUGUGCAAUCUGGGUAUUUGCUUGAUGAAGCAAGGGCGAAUCGCGGAGGCCAAAGAGACCCUUCGGCGAGUGAAGCCGGCAGUGGCAGAUGGCCCGAGGGGAGUGGAUUCCCACCUCAAGGCCUAUGAGAGGGCACAGCAAAUGCUAAGGGACCUGGAGUCCGAUAUCAUGAAUAAGGGCGGCGAUCGCGUUGAACAGAGCAAGCUGUUUGAUGCCUUGCUGGGCUCUUCCUCCAUUUGGCAGCCGCAGCCUUGCAGGGAACAUCAUAUAACAACCACCCUGCAUAAUUCGUUCAGGCCUCAAGAUGAAUUUGCUGAUGAGAACAUCAACUCUAAUAUAACUGCCAACUCGGUGGCUUUCCCGGGGCAAAGAAGUGUCAAACCCAUGGCUCCCCAAGGGAACUCACUGAACAUCGAUGCCCCGCCAUUCUAUUUAUCAAAAUUUGUCAAGGAACCGAUCAGCAACCCAUUCCACGAGAGCCUCAAGAGAACAAGGUCUGCAAAUUCUUCCAACUCGAUGAGAGUAAACGAAACAGGAGAGUUUUGGAAGCCUCUUGUGGGGCAACCCGAAAAUAAAACAAGAAGGCGAUCCAUUUCGCCUGAGAAAGCAGGGGAGAGUAGCAGCUGGGCAGAGGUGCUGCCUGAUAGCAAGGACUUUGAAGAUGCCAUUAUUGCAGCGGUUUUGGGUACAAGCAGUAGUGAAGCUAUAGAGAAGAAGGUGCUGGAAACAGGCAAGGACAAUGGGAUGUUUCAGAGAAAGAUCGAAAAGAGGCUGAAGGUUUUCCAGGACAUAACAUUAUCUCUGAGUCCAAAGGCCUGAAGGAAGGCGGCAUUAUAUAAUUUCAAUAACUAAUUUAAUUUUCUCUAAUUUAUCAUAGUUCUAGAUUGGAGAUGAACUUGUUCUCCUCAACUCCUGUUCCCUGCCAAGGAAUGGGGGGAAGCAUCAUAUCCAGUAAUUGUAGUUGAGAUGAGUAGAAGAAGCACAUUAAUGCCUUAGGAUGAUUCUGGUACUAGUGUUUGUCCACUCAGCAGUUUGCCUUGUCAAAUGCGGCAAAGAGCUUUUAAGCCUUAAUAAUUUAUUUUUCAAUAACUCUCUCUUUGCUUGCUGAGAAAGUGAAUGCAAAUCUCAUAC